CAUCCAGACGGUGGCUGCGCAGCGCAGCAUCUAGACGACGCGUCUCUGCUGCGACAGGCGGACAGAAAUGAGCAGAACCCCGCAGAGCGGAGCCAGAGACCAUGGAUCCCUGUAGAACCCUGACGGUGCUGCUGUGGAUUUUAUUCCUGAAGCGGAUCCAAGACUGCCGAGGAGAGGAAGUGGUGCUGCUGAACUCCAAGGAGACACAGGCAGAGCUCGGCUGGACCUCUUAUCCCCCCAACGGAUGGGAGGAGAUCAGCGGCGUGGACGAGAAGUACAAACCUAUCCGGACCUACCAGGUGUGCAAUGUGAUGGAGCCCACCCAGCAGAACAACUGGCUGCAGACGGGCUGGGUGACCCGCCGAGGAGGACAGCGCAUUUUUGUGGAGCUUCAGUUCACGCUGCGUGACUGUAACAGCAUCCCCGGCGUGGCCGGGACCUGCAAGGAGACCUUCAAUCUUCUGUACGUGGAGUCGGACCGGGACCUGGAUGGGGUGACACGGGAGGACCGCUACACCAAGAUCGAUACCAUCGCUGCAGAUGAGAGCUUCACUCAGGGCGACCUAGGAGAGAGGAAGAUGAAGCUGAACACUGAGGUGCGAGAGAUCGGCCACCUGAACAGGAAGGGCUUCCAUCUGGCCUUCCAGGAUGUCGGCGCCUGCGUCGCUCUGGUGGCCGUGCGUGUUUACUACAAACGCUGCCUGGCAACCGUCCAGAACCUGGCCGUGUUCCCCGACACGGUGGCCGAGGCGGCCUUCGCCACUCUGGUGGAGGUCCGCGGCGCCUGUGUCAACAACUCUGAGUUGGACACGGACAGCCCUCCCAGGAUGCACUGCAGCGCUGAGGGCGAGUGGCUGGUGCCCAUCGGGAAGUGCAGCUGCAGCGCGGGCUACGAGGAGGGACACAGCAGCUGUGAAGCGUGCCCCCCCGGAUCCUACAAGAUGUCUUCCAGACAGCAGGAGUGUUUUCCUUGUCCUGCCAAUAGCGUGGCGGAGGAGGAAGGAUCUGUGGUGUGUGUGUGCGAAGAAGACCACUUCCGGACUCCUCUGGACAGCCCCUCUGCCCCCUGCACACGGCCACCCUCCCCACCCAGAGACCUGGUGUUCUCCCUCAGGCAGUCCUCCCUGGUCCUGGACUGGGCCCCGCCCUCGGACGCCGGGGGCCGCGUGGACCUGACCUACAGCGUGGGCUGCCAGCGCUGCGUGGCGGCGCGCUGCGAGCCCUGCGGGCCCAGCGUGGGCUUCGUUCCUCAGCAGGUGGGCCUGAUGGAGCGGACGGUGACGGUGGUCAACCUGCUGCCCAACGCCAACUACUCCUUCACGGUGGAGGCGCUGAACGGCGUGUCGGAGCUGCUGCCCAGCAAAAGGUUCUACACCCAGGUCAACGUGUCCACUAGUCAGCCCGCUCCAUCUCUGGUCAGCGAGCUGCGAGCGGAGAAGAUUGAGGAGAAGAGCGUUACGCUGGUGUGGAGAGAGCCCUCCUACCCCAACAGCAGCCGCACCGAGUAUGAAGUCAAGUACUACGAGAAGGAACAGAAGGAUCAGAGUUAUUCCACCGUGAAGACAUCAGCCACUCGGAUCAGCGUCCAUAACCUGAAACCAGGAACCACUUAUGUCUUCCUCAUCCGUCCCUUCUUAAGUCCAGCUCCUUCCUCCUUCUCUUCUUCCUCUUCUCUCUCAUCAACCUCUUCUACUUCCUCCUCCUCUUCUUCCUCCUCCUCCCCUCCCCCCAUUGACUACGGUGCGUACAGCGCCCCCCUGGAGCUGCAGACUCUGGGAGAGCUGGCCCUGGCGUCCAGCGAACAGAACCCGGUGGUGAUCAUCAUCAUCGUGUCUGUGGCCGCCCUCGUCAUGCUGCUCUCCAUGGGGGUGGGACUGCUCAUCUGGAGAAGGCAGUGCGGCUACAGCAAAGCUUCCCAGGAAGGAGACGAGGAACUUUACUUCCAGUUUAAAAUCCCAACCCGGAGAACCUACAUCGACCCGGAGACCUGUGAGGACCUGCUGCAGGCCGUGCACGCCUUCGCCAAGGAGCUGGACAACCAGAGCAUCAAGAUAGAGAGAAUCAUGCACACAGGUGACUUUGGGGAGGUGUGCCGCGGCUGCCUGAGGCUCCCCAGUAAGAGAGAGCUGCCGGUGGCCAUCAAGACGCUGAGGGCCGGCUGCUCCGACCAGCAGCGGCGCUCCUUCCUGAGCGAGGCCGGAAUCCUGGGACAGUUCGACCACGGGAACAUCAUCCGCCUGGAAGGGGUCAUCACCACAGGAAACACCAUGAUGAUCGUGGAGGAGAGCAUGGCCAACGGCGCCAUGGACGCCUUCCUCAGGAAACACGAAGGCCAGCUGAGCGCCAUGCAGCUGAUGGACAUGCUGAGCGGCGUGGCUUCAGGCAUGAAGUACCUCACUGAGAUGGGCUUUGUCCACAAGCGGUUGGCGGCGCACAAGGUUUUGGUCAACUCCAACCUGACCUGCAAGGUUUCAGGCUUCAGGCCUCUUCAGGAGGAAAAGAUCGAGGCCAUCUACACCACGCUGCAUGGGGGGAAGAGCGUGGUUCUGUGGACCGCUCCAGAAGCCAUCCAGUACCAUCGCUUCUCUUCAGCCUCUGACGUCUGGAGCUUCGGCAUCGUCAUGUGGGAGGUCAUGUCCUACGGAGAGAGACCCUACUGGGACAUGGGAACCCAGGAUGUAAUCAAGGCCAUCGAGGACGGCUUCAGGCUGCCGGCUCCGGUCAACUGUCCUCCACAUCUGCAUCAGCUGAUGCUGGACUGCUGGCAGAAGGAGCGGACGGAGCGGCCCACUUUCAGCCAGAUCCACUCGGCGCUCAGUAAGAGCGUCUGCUCUCCGGACGGGAUCAGCUCGUCCACUCUGGCCCGCAGGACCCUGAGCUCCUCCAUCGGCCUGGCCGAGCCGCCGCUGCCCACCAUCUCGUCCUUCAGCUCCGUGGGGGAGUGGCUGGAUGCGGUGGACAUGGGUCGAUACAAGGACAACUUCACCGCGGCCGGGUACUGCUACCUGGAAUCUGUGGCCCGGAUGACCGUGCAGGACGUCCUGAGCCUCGGCAUCACCUCCCUGGACCAUCAGAAGCUGAUCCUGGCCGCCAUUCAGACGCUCAGGGCGCAGGUGAUCCAGAUGCAUGGCCGGGGGGUGCAGGUCUGACCGGUGGAGCGGGCCUAGCGCCGACGGAGGAGCUCUGGCACACCGAGAGGAAGACUCCGCUUCCAUUCCUUCACCUGAGGACCUCAGAGGAGCCGCGCUGCACGUCCUUCCUGUCCUCUGCUGGCCGGACCAGAGCUUUGGCCCGGCGGCUGAUUUUGGUGGAACAACCCUUUAAGACAAACCUUCUGAUGUGGCCAUCCGGCGCCGCUCCAACGCUGAGGGCUGCUGGCUUCGUCGAUGUGGGCGGGGCUUUAGUCAGCGGCGGCGGCGGCACGCUGCUUCUGGCCCAUUGAGUCUGAUGGUGAAACGAACGCAGUGAAAGGUUCCAACUUCUCUCCUCCUUGGUGCUUUUCUUCGUGCCGGAUGAGGAACCGCUGCGUCACGCGAAGAACAUUGUAAAAAAAGUUCAAGAUGGAGGCUUCAGUCUGAGCAGCUCCUCCAUCCAAACCCGCCCAGGUUCCCUCCUCUACAGAGGGGGCCACCAGGGGGCGCUACAGGGGUCAGACAACUGGGAGAAAAUUAGCUGAAAAAAUGUUUUUUUUCUAUUUUCAUAAAAUUAUGUUAUUUGCUUUUAAUUAAUAUAAAGUAUAAGUUGCAAAGAAAGGAGGGUGGCGUCCCACAGACUGGACAAACAUGGAGCUCAUCUACACUGACUUUAAGCCCCGCCCUCCCGCUACACACCCAAUCAGGUUGGUUUCUGUUGCUCUGCUCUCAUUGGUUGAUAACAUAAAAAAUAUUCUUUAGCCAAACAAACAGAAUAAUCAUAUAAUUGGAGUUAAAAUGAAGAUUAAUUCAUAUUAUUUUCAGGUAGUUUGUUUAAGGAAAAGUCGCUCAUAAUCAGAAUUUAAACUUUUUAAAGUUCUUUAAAUCUGAAAUGAUUCCAUCCUGUUCAAUAAAUGAUCAGUGUUUUUAAUUCAG